AUGUCAGGCCACGUGUCACUGCCAGCUGCCGGAGCAAUCCCCCGCGGACAGCAACAAGAGCUGGAUCAAGUGAAGGAGCCGGGGAUGGGGCAAACGGACGAGGUCAAAGGCGAUUCAUGGGGCAAUCAGUUGCCGGAUAUGCUAGUCGCUUACUAUCGCCAGCAUGGCGUGCAAAGUCUGAUGCUGGUUGUUUGUCACGCGGACAUUGCUGCAGCAAAUUUACAGUUGCUGUUGCAACACUUCACAGCAAACAAUUUCUAUGUGCAGGUCAACACGGAGCGCACUUUGAAUGAUCUGCGUCAUGUCAGCAAUGAGUCGGACACGCCAGAGGCGCCACCACCCCGCACCUUUCCAGCGGACAAUGAAACCCACUGGCAGCUGUCAUUCCAACUGCCAGCCUUGUCCUAUAAACUGGGCAUCCUCCUGCUGAAGUUCAACAGUCCCUGUGCCCAGAAUCUUUUGCGCUGGUCAGCAGCUUCGGAAAAUAAUUAUUUUACUACCAAUCGGUAUUGGUUGCUCCUCACCCAGGAUCUGCAGGAUGUGAAUCUGCUAGAGGAUACCGAAAUCUUUAUACCGCCCGAUAGCGAACUUAAGGUAAUGUGGUUUAACCCCACUGAACCCUUUACUGCCACUCUGCUGGAUGUGUAUAAAGUGGCUGCCUGGAAGCCUCUUAAGCGUCGCCUUGUUGGUCAAAAUCUGCGCAAUUCCCGUCACAUUGUCCACGCUCUGCGGCACUACGGAUCGCCGAUUACCUAUAGGCAGAAUCUGGACGGUGUUGUCUUCAAUACAGCCAUUGUUAUUGCCUUUCCCGAUCUAUUCACCAACAUUGAGGAUAUGUCCAUGAGGCAUAUUGACACUAUUUCCAAAGUUAAUCAUCGCUUAAUGCUGGAGCUGGCCAAUCGAUUGAACAUGAGUUACAACACCUACCAAACAGUUAAUUAUGGCUGGCGUCAACCAAAUGGUUCAUUCGAUGGAUUGAUGGGUCGCUUUCAGCGCUACGAAUUGGACUUUGCCCAGUUGGCGAUCUUUAUGCGACUGGAUCGUGUUGCACUCUGCGACUUUGUGGCCGAGACUUAUCGCGUGAGAGCAGGAAUCAUGUUUCGCCAGCCUCCACUGUCCGCGGUGGCCAACAUCUUCUCGAUGCCCUUUACACAGGGUGUGUGGAUAUCCAUAUUGCUGCUGCUGAUAAUAACCAUUGUGGUGAUGCUAUUGGAAAUGCUUUUCUCACCACACACACACAACAUGUCCUAUUUGGAUUCAUUGAACUUUGCCUGGGGCGCGAUGUGCCAGCAAGGAUUCUAUGUAGAUGUGCGCAACCGAUCAGGAAGGAUCAUAGUAUUUACCACAUUUGUAGCGGCAGUUUUCUUGUUUACCUCCUUCUCAGCGAAUAUUGUGGCACUGCUGCAGAGUCCAUCAGAUGCAAUCAGAUCGCUGGGGGAUCUUGGACAGUCACCGCUGGAAAUUGGGGUGCAGGACACACAAUAUAAUAAGAUCUACUUUACAGAGUCCACAGAUCCAGUAACCAAGAGUUUGUACCACAAGAAGAUCGCCUCCAAGGGCGAUCACGUUUACAUGCGUCCCACGACGGGCAUGGAGAAAAUGCGCACUGGAUUAUUUGCUUAUCAGGUGGAGCUGCAGGCUGGCUAUCAAAUAGUCAGCGAUACCUUCAGUGAACCGGAAAAGUGUGGACUCAUGGAGCUAGAACCAUUCCAACUUCCCAUGCUAGCAAUUCCAACACGCAAGAACUUUCCCUACAAGGAACUAUUUCGCAGACAAUUACGCUGGCAACGUGAGGUGAGUUUGGUGAAUCGCGAGGAACGCAAAUGGUUUCCUCAGAAGCCGAAAUGUGAAAGUGGCGUUGGUGGAUUCGUUUCCAUUGGCCUCACCGAAUGUCGCUAUGCUUUUGGCAUUUUUGGAUGUGGAGCAGCUCUUAGUUUUGGUAUAUUCCUCAUCGAGGUCAUCUGCAAGCAUAGCAAAGGAAUCUAUCGCAUUGUUCAGGGUUACAGAGGCAUGAGCCAGUAA